AUGCUGCCACAAAUAGCCUUUCUGCUGCUAACAUCCUUGACCUCAGUCCACGGAGUGUUUUAUGCCGAGCGAUACCAAACUCCCACAGGCAUAAAGGGCCCACUUGCCAACCCCAAGACACAGUUCUUCAUCCCAUACUCCAUAAAGAGUAAAGGAAUCCCAGUAAGAGGAGAGCAAGGCAUUCCUGGUCCACCAGGCCCACCUGGACCCCGGGGACACCCGGGUCCCUCAGGACCUCCAGGAAAGCCAGGCUAUGGAAGCCCUGGGCUCCAAGGAGAGCCAGGGUUGCCAGGACCACCAGGAAUAUCAACCACUGGGAAGCCAGGCCUGCCAGGCCUGCCAGGCAAACCAGGGGAGAGAGGACCAUAUGGACACAAAGGAGACAUUGGACCAGCUGGCUUACCAGGACCUCGGGGCCCUCCAGGACCACCUGGAAUCCCUGGCCCAGCUGGAAUUUCUGUGUCAGGAAAACCUGGGCAGCAGGGACUUACAGGGGCCCCAGGACCCAGGGGCUUUCCUGGAGAAAAGGGGAUACCAGGAGCCCCUGGUGCGAACGGACAGAAAGGGGAAACAGGAUACGGUGCUCCUGGCCAUCCAGGUGAGAGGGGUCUUCCAGGCGCUCGGGGUCCCAUAGGACCCCCUGGCCCUCCUGGAGUGGGAAGAAGAGGAGAGAAUGGUUUCCCAGGACAGCCGGGAAGCAAAGGGGACCGGGGCUUCCCAGGAGAAAGGGGACCAUCAGGGCCACCGGGUCCCCAAGGGCCUCCUGGGAAACAAGGACGAGAAGGUAUUGGGAAGCCAGGAGCCACUGGCGCCCCAGGUCAGCCAGGCAUCCCAGGAGAAAAAGGCCACUCAGGAGCUCCAGGAAUAGCUGGGCCUCCAGGAGCUCCUGGCUUUGGAAAACCAGGCUUGCCAGGUUUGAGGGGACAAAGGGGACCUGCUGGUCUUCCUGGGGCCCCAGGUGCCAAAGGUGAACAAGGACCAGCGGGUCAUCCUGGGGAGGUGGGUCUGACUGGACCCCCUGGGAACAUGGGACCCCAAGGACCUAAAGGAAUCCCAGGGAACCAUGGUAUCCCAGGUGCUAAAGGAGAGGCAGGUCCAGUUGGGCCUGUAGGGCCACCUGGGGCUAGAGGAGCAAGGGGUCCCCCUGGGUUAGAUGGAAAAACAGGGUACCCUGGGGAGCCAGGUCUCAAUGGUGCUAAGGGUAAUCCAGGGUUACCAGGCCCAAAAGGUGAUCCUGGAGUGAGAGGACCCCCUGGUCUCCAAGGUCCUGUUGGCCCUGCAGGAGCUAAGGGAGUGCCUGGACACAACGGUGAGGCAGGUCCAAGAGGUGAACCUGGAAUUCCAGGUGGCAGAGGCCCCAUUGGGCCACCAGGUACCCCAGGAUUCCCUGGAUCUAAGGGGAUCCCUGGAAACCCAGGUCCUCCUGGCCCAGCUGGCAUCGCAACUAAAGGCCUCAGUGGGCCCACUGGUCCUCCAGGCCCUCCUGGACCAAGAGGACACAAUGGAGAGCCUGGUCUCCCAGGCCCCCCGGGUUCCCCAGGUCCCCCUGGCCAAGGAGUCAUGCCUGAUGGUUUCACAAAGGCAGGCCAAAGGCCCAGGCUCUCUGGGACGCCGCUGGUGAGUGCCAACCACGGAGUAACAGGGAUGCCUGUGUCUGCUUUUACUGUCAUCCUCUCCAAAGCUUACCCAGCAGUAGGUGCCCCCAUCCCAUUUGAUGAGAUCUUGUAUAAUAGGCAGCAGCAUUAUGACCCAAGAACCGGAAUCUUUACCUGUAAGAUCCCCGGAGUAUACUAUUUCUCCUAUCAUGUGCACGUGAAGGGGACACACGUGUGGGUAGGCCUGUAUAAGAACGGCACCCCCACAAUGUACACAUAUGAUGAAUACAGCAAAGGCUACCUGGAUCAGGCUUCAGGGAGCGCAGUCAUGGAGCUCACAGAAAACGACCAGGUGUGGCUCCAGCUACCCAAUGCAGAAUCAAACGGCCUCUACUCCUCUGAAUACGUCCACUCCUCCUUCUCAGGAUUCCUAGUGGCUCCCAUGUGA